AUGGCACAACAAAAGGGAAAGAAGAACGCCACAAAGGCAGAAAAACUUAACUUUUUGGGGAAUAAAUCACAAAACAAGAAGAUGGAGAUUUGGGCCUUAUCUCAAGAUGGCAGAGCCAGCUCUGACAGCACAGAGUGCCCCACUCUGACUGAGAUAGAUCCAGACCCUGACAAGCUCACAAAAAGUCACCUACAGCAGGCACUGGAUGCACUGUCACAGAAGAUGAUUACAACUUGGCAGCAUUCAAUGGACUCAUUAAGGAAAGGUGUUCAAGAACUGGGUAAAAAGACAUCACAUGUUGAAUCUAAAACGGAGGACUUUGCUCAGGCACAUAACGAUCUGGCCACACACGUGGAACAGAUCGAACAAAAGCUCACCGCUACUGAGCUGAAACUAACUGACCUGGAGGAUAGGGCGCGCAGAAAUAAUCUGCGCCUCAGAGGGAUACCAGAAUCAAAAAUACCAGAAAACCUACAAACCAUGUUAGAGAUCUCCUUCAUGCAUAUGUCCCAGAGAUACUCAUAG